AUCGCCAGUCGCCUCGUGCAGUAACAUCCCCCAGCUUCCUUCCCUCUGCUUCCAGUUCUCUCCUGGUUGCUCGUAUCCAACUUCAGCUUCUGCCAACAUCCUUCAUCUAUAUCACCUCAUCCACACUCAUAUCAUCAUGUCGACUUCCGCGCGUCGCCGUUUGAUGCGGGACUUCAAGCGCAUGCAAACCGACCCUCCCGCUGGUGUUUCCGCAUCCCCCGUUGCCGACAAUGUCAUGACCUGGAAUGCCGUCAUCAUCGGCCCCGCCGAUACCCCAUUCGAGGAUGGCACAUUCCGCCUGGUGAUGAACUUUGAGGAACAGUAUCCCAACAAGCCACCGGGUGUCAAAUUCAUCAGCCAGAUGUUCCACCCCAAUGUCUAUGGAACCGGCGAGCUUUGCCUCGAUAUUCUCCAGAACCGCUGGAGCCCUACAUACGAUGUGGCUGCUAUCUUGACGAGUAUUCAGAGUCUCCUCAACGACCCCAACACCUCAUCUCCGGCCAACGUGGAAGCUUCGAACUUGUACAAGGACAACCGCAGAGAAUACAUCAAGCGGGUGCGAGAGACUGUUGAAAAAAGCUGGGAGGAUUGAAGAAAUUCUUGAUCUCACAACUCGGUUCUCCAGUUACACCCAAAGCCCGUCCCUCUGGACUCGUCCGACGAUACGGUUCGGGCCGUGGAGCUAGAGAAUAUCUGGGUGUCAAAUACCAAAUUUGGGCCGGUUGAUCUGCACAGCGUGGGGUUAAGGCGCAUGGUUUUUGUUUCUGCGUUCGUCUCGUGCUAUCCUCGUGUUUUUCUCUUUUCUUUGCACUUUAUUGUUUUCUAUUCUUUUGUCUUAUGUCCUGAAUGACUCCCCUCGUGCAUCUGUCGACAUCCUGUUCGCGCUCCGUUCCAUAGCCUCAAUGCAUUAGCCAUCAAUACGUUAGGAGUCUGAUAAGAACGAAGGGAU